CAUUAAAUAUUCAGUUCAUUAAUGUGAAAUGUUUACAUAUCAAUGUCUGAUCUAGUUUUUCUUUAUCUCUGGAAAAGAAAGUGAUUUCAUUGCUAGUAAACAACAAAAAAUUAUAUUAUUUUACUCAUUAAACCAAACAUCUAAAAAAAAAUGCAUAUUCUAACUGAGGAAAAAGUUAGGAUACCCCUUUGGCUGAAAUAACUUCAGUGAGAUGCUUUUUGUAGCCAUCUACCAGUCUUUGACCUUGGUCUGAAGAGAGUUUGCCUCACUCCUUUACAUUCAACUGUGAGAUGUUUGAGGAGUUUCUUUCAUGUACAGCCCGUUUCGAGUCACCCACAGCAUCUCAAUGGGCUUAAUAUCUGGGUUUUGACUCGGCCAUUCCAGGACUCUCCAUUUCUUCCUUUUAGCCAGUCCUUGGUGGAUUUACUGGUAUGUUUUGGGUCAUUGUCAUGUUGCAGGGUCCAGUUUCACUUCAGCUUGAAUUUUUUCACAGAUGAUCUCACAUGUUCCUCAAGCACCCUCUGAUACAUGAUAGAAUUAAAGGUGGAAUCUAUGAUGGUGAGCUGGCCAGGUCCUGCUGCAGCAAAGCAUCCCCAAAACAUGACAAUUCCACCUCCAUGCUUCACAGUUGGUAUGAGGUUCUUUUCCUGGAAUGCUGUAUUGGGUUUACGCCAAACAUCUCCUCUGUUCUAGUGUCCAAAUAAUUCAAUUUUAGAUUCAUCUGUCCAAAGAACAAUAUUCGAGAAGUCCUGCUCUUUGUCUACAUUCACUCUGGUUCCAUGUUCUUCUUGGAGAGCAAAGGUUUCCUCCUUGCACACCUCCCAGGAAGGUUAAACUUGUGAAGUCUUUUUCUGAUUGUAGAGGCAUGAACUUUCACAUCAACAGUAGCAGGGAGCCUGCCGUAGAUCCCGUGAUGACAUUUUAGGGUUUUUGGAGACUUUUUUUCGCAUCUUGCGCUCUGCUCUCGGGGCGAACUUGCUUGGACGGCCAGACCUGGGCAUGUUGGCAGUUGUUUUGAAUGGCCUUCACUUGUAGACUAUUUUCCGGACAGUGGAAUGGCUGAUUUUAUAUUCUUUUGAGAUUUUUAGAAAUCCCUUACCAGACACAUAAGCGUCUAAAAUCUUCAAUCAAGACACUCCUCGGAGAGCUCCUUCGAUCUCACCAUGGUGUUUUCUCUCACUUCAACAGUCAGGGGCACACCAAACUAACUUUGAGGUUUAAAAACCUCCUUCAAAACACUUGGUUAAGAUGUUCUAAUCAUGUGCACGCGAUAUGAUACCGCUGUGUGUGAUUUUAGCCAUUUCAAGUAGGAUUGAAUGUGGGGGUGUCCUAAUUUAUUCCUCAACAGAAAUUGCAUUUAUUUAAAAUUACAUUUUGUGGAAAGUUAUUUAAAAAAAACAUUUUUUCAGUUUUAAUUGUUUAGUUCUAUUACUUGAAACCAUGAAGAUUUUUAAAAUUGAUAUUAAAUAUCCAUGUGACCAAAUAUGUUAGGACACCCUGUGGAAGCCUGUGUGUUUUGUAAUUUUUUCAAAAUUACUGUAUUCAUACACGCAACAAUGGAAUCUGAAUACGUGUGUGUGCUGGAAUUAGGACUGUGAUUCACAAGUGAAAUUAUGCGCAAUGCAAAGGACAUGGGAACGUUUCAACGUCAUUUGGUGUCAUACGCAUGAAUUUAGUCGUAAAAUCACAAAAUACUGACAUGUGCUAAUGGCACAGCUUACUAAUUGAAUGAGGCGGUGACUGUAUCUCAAGAGGGUUGUUAAAGUGAACAUUAUUUUCCUGCCUCCCCCUUCAGACACACCCUGUAUAAAGCACUAGCAGAGCAGAGAGUCAAACAGAAGAGCUUAGGAAACAGUGGAAGUCACUUAACAGCACAGUUUUCAACAUUUAACGACGAUUCUCUGCUGGGAUGUCGCUGGUUGUGGUUCUUUGCCUGCUGGCUUGUGUUCACUCUGGCAUUGAGGCAUAUCCACGCAAGCCUGUCAGCCCCAAAGAAGGAGCACCCCCUGAGGAGAUGGCAAAAUACUACUCUGCUCUCAGACACUACAUCAACCUCAUUACUCGGCAGAGGUAUGGAAAAAGAGACAGUCCAGACACAAUGUUGUCUGAUGUGCUUGUAAAAGAGAGCACAGAGACUAUUCCUGGGUCUAGUUAUGUCAGGUAUGAUGAGCUACCAAUGUGGUGAUGAUCCUUGAGUUGCUUAAAACGUCUAAUUUUGGCUUGUUUGUCAAUUUUAACUUGUGUUGCAUGAUAUAUUGUGUUUCUAAAAAUAUAUUGAGAUGUCUAUCCAUGUCUUCAUGGUUGUCUUACAUGCAGCUGCAGAGUCCCCUGCCAAGCAGUCCCCUCUAGUGGUGAAUUGCGGUAAAAUGAUAUUUUGGUUCUACACUAUUUGGCUUUUCUUGUGUUUGGGACAGUAAUAAAAUGCAAACAAAACAAAAACAAACAAACAAACAAAAACAACCUGUUUUGAGUAAUUUAUUUUACAUGGCUAUUUAUUAUUUUAUUCAGGUAAAUGGCUGUUAUAUUUGCCCUCCCAAUGUAGUUGCUAAUGUUGAAAAUAGAUGAAUUUAUGGUAGUUACUCUGAUAAACAACACAAACCUAUUGCAAAAUCACUGAUUCUCGGUCACUGUCCAAAAGAGUUAAUUUUGUUGCUCAGUGUGGUCCUAAUGGUAUGCGAUAAAAAGUGACAAAGGUUUCAUGUGUUGUAUUUAAGUUGUUUUACAUUUGCUUUUAAAUGUUUUAUUUUAGUACAGUUUUAAUGUUUAUCUGCAACACAUUCCAACUGUUUCUUAAUUAAAAUAUGUAUUUUCUAUAGUCAAAUAGUGUACAUGUUCAAAUUGCAUAAUUCUACAUUGGAUACAAUAAUAUUAAAUAUAUGACUACAAGUAUAAAUAAUGUAUGCCUCGUUUUUGAUGAACACUUUGGUCUACUACAUGACUGUAUUUUAAGGUGGAGAACCACUUUUCCAUGUUCAUGGUGUAUUUUCUCUAAAUAAAUGUGAAAUAAUACAACUAAAAUGUCACCCAGCUUUUGUUUCCAGUUAUUCAGUGUCGUUGUAAAUGAUUU